AUCGGCAGAGGCUCUCCCAGAAAUUGGACUGGCUCUCCCAGCAUUUUGUCACGCGGCACCGGUGAAGAGUCUGACGAUGAGAAUGCUUCCGACGAGAAACUUUAUGCGCAGCAGGAGCUUCGUUGCGAAGUGCAUGAGAUGGAAGGAUUGAGGUCGCAUCUUAUCGACUAUCCGUGGAACGAGUUUGGCGUAGAGAUCUUAAGGGACGUUGUUCACGAUGCAGAGUUUCUAAAGCAACCUUCGCUUUUACCUACUCAGAGCGGCCCUGUCGAAGACCGUAGCCACCUGAGCGGCUUCCAAGUUUGGGAUGUGGCCUCUGAUGGCGCACCUCUUGCGGUAGAUUACUCGGAACAUGACACCUCUCGAGCCAUGGCGAUCUGGAACACUAUCAAAGAGAUCAAUCCUCCUUCGCGGCAACGAAAAGCUGUAGGGAGAAUUACGAUCAUGCGAGAGCUUACUCCGAUACUCUUCGGUGCCCUACACUAUGUUCUGAACAACACGUUCGACAUGGACGAGAUCUUUCAACUACUUGUGACAGCCGAUUCGACCUCAUCGCAUGUUCACCGCGCAUUCGAGCUCGAUUCUCGCCGACAAUGCAGCAAAAUAUUUGCAUUUGAAUAUUUCACCAUCAUCGGCGAAGAUUGUGUCCCCUUGCAUUGGCAGUUGUCGGACAAAGAGAUUGACAAGAAUCCUCGACAUAUUCGGAUCACAAGAUGCAAUGCUGUCAUAGCUCUUGCAAUGACCAGCGAUCCAGUACGCAAGGUCCGAAAUCCGUCGCGCCGAGCCAAGAAUCAGAACGAUUACGGAAACAUUUAUGAUCCAUUCUCAUCGUGGCAUCUGCUCAAUUUGCAGUGCUUUCCCGAUCUCAAGUCAUCGACAGAUGUGCAUGACACCACCAAACACUAUGUCAAUGGCCCAGAGGCCUUCCUGAUCACCCUGCUCGGCGAAUUUCGUGAUGCUCAGUGCAGAUUCGAGGACAUUAAUCGAGCCAUCACGAAGCUCGUUACUCCACCUUCGUCAUUCAUGUUUGAUGCAAAACUACGAGACGAUUUACUGUUUGAAGAUCAGCAUUUUACAUAUGUGAGACGGUAUUUUUGGGCAUAUCAGACGCUGGGAAUCAUGAACGAAAGCAUACGGGCGAUCAUCGACGCAUUCGAGCACGAUUUUCCCGAAGAGCUAUUUGAUGGCAAGGCAAAAUUGCUUUGGCCUUUAGAUGACGAAAACAGUGCUCGCAAUGCAUUCUACAAGAAGCGACUGGCUACGUUGAAACACAAAUUCGACGCUCAGAUGCGUAGCUUUCGAGCAUUGAUCCAGGGCAAUGAAGAGCGUCGCACUGAGAUUCGAGGUCUGCGAGAGGAGUUAUACGUCGGCACCAGCAUCCACGAGAGCCGCAAGUCCGUUGAGAUGACCGAGACGACGGUGCAGCAAGGCCACAAUGUCAAGCUUUUGACAUUGGUGUCGAUCUUCUUCUUGCCAUCGCAGUUUGUUACGAGCGUCUUUGGCAUGACCAACAUGCCAACACAGGAGAGCUACUGGCUUUUUGGCGUGGUGAUGGCUGCCAUCUGUGUGCCUUUCUUUAUCCUGAUUGGCUCUCUCAACACAAAUCGAGGC